GGCAGCAAGCUGCAGCGAGCAGCAAAACUUCAGAUCUCGGCAUUUUGUUUGUUUACUUAGUUGCUUUUUUAAUCUAGAAGGACUUGUAGGAUUUAUUCUUUUUAUAUCAAGCUCUUGUGGAGUAAUUUUGUUGUGGAUGUAAAUGUGCGAAUGGCAAGGAUGUGUUUUAUGUGGCAGGAAGAAAAAUGGCGUACUUUGAUGUACUUAAAAUUAUAUAGAUAGUCCUGGAAGUCCUGAAAAAAUGGAGUCAAUAUUUCAUGAAAAACAGGAAGGAGCUUUGUGUGCACAACAUUGUUUGAAUUCACUACUACAAGGGUCUUAUUUUAAUGCUGUAGAUUUAGCAACCAUUGCUAAAAACUUGGAUGACGCUGAGCACCAAAGGAUGGCAGAAGGUAGUGUAAACUCAAUAGAAUAUUAUAAUUUUAUGCAACAGCCUUCUUCAAACAUGGAUGAUAGUGGAUAUUUUUCCAUUCAAGUUAUUUGUAAAGCUUUGGAGGUGUGGAACUUAGAAAUGAUACAAUAUAAUAGUCUAGCUGCUGAGCAAACACGACAAAAUCCUGUUGCAGAAACUGCCUAUAUAUGUAAUCAACAGAACCACUGGCUGACAAUACGUAAAUUAGGGCAACAGUGGUUUAAUUUAAACUCGAUAAAGUCGAACCCUGAAUUGAUUUCUGACACAUACUUAAGUUUGUUAUUAGCACAACUUCAGGCCGAAGGAUAUUCUAUAUAUGUCAUUGUUGGAACAUUUCCAGAAUGUGAAGCUGAGCAAUUACUUAGACUUUGUCCUGUGUCAACAGAAGAUUAUAAACAGUUUGCAAAUUCACAACGUUUAAAAAACUCUGUAAAAAAGGAAAAUUCAGAACAAAGCGGUAAAACAAGUGUUAUUGACUCUGAACCAGCAGUCCCUGUAGAUGCUACUGCUGUUCGUGACAAGCGUUUAAACUUUUUUGAGAAACUAGCAGAGAAAAAAUCAGAGCCAAGUAACGAACCAAUGAAUAAUGUGAAUGAUAUGUCAGAAGAAGAGAUGUUAAAAGUAGCAAUGGAAAUGUCCUUGGAACCAAUGGAAUAAUUAUAACUAACUAAACAGUGUUUUUAUUGAAAAUGAUUUUUAUUUAAAAAAUGGAGAAAACAAGUUAGUGUAACUUUCUAGACAUCAAAUAAUAAAUAAUUGCAAUGCUGACAUCAAAAUU